AUGAAUACCCCACAGAUCAGUUUGUAUGAACCAGGGACAGUAUUGACCGUUGGGUCGCAUCACGCCAAGAUUAUCAAGUACCUCACGAGUGGUGGAUUUGCUCAGGUUUAUUCUGCUGAAAUUUCGCCUCCUGAUGCGUAUAGCAGUGCUAAUAAAGCAUGUUUAAAACGAGUUAUUGUUCCAGAUAAGCAGGGUUUGAAUACCUUGAGAGCUGAAGUGGACGCUAUGAAGCUCUUGAAAAAUAAUAAACAUGUGGUUUCUUACAUAGACUCACAUGCUGCGAAGUCCGUAAAUGGUGUAGCAUAUGAAGUAUUUGUAUUAAUGGAAUAUUGUGAACGUGGUGGUCUUAUAGACUUUAUGAACACCAGAUUAAAGAAUAGAUUACAAGAGUCAGAAGUGUUGGAAAUCAUGAGCCAGACCGUCCAGGGAAUUGUUGCCAUGCAUGCUCUACAACCUCCUUUAAUUCAUAGAGAUAUCAAGAUCGAGAAUGUACUUAUUUCUCACGAAGGCCUUUAUAAAGUUUGUGAUUUUGGUUCCGUUUCUGGAGUAAUAAGGCCACCCAAAAAUCCACAGGAGUUUAACUAUGUUCAGCAUGAUAUCUUAACAAAUACUACAGCUCAAUACAGAUCGCCUGAAAUGAUCGAUUUAUACAGAGGUUUACCCAUUGAUGAAAAGUCUGAUAUUUGGGCUCUAGGUGUCUUCCUUUAUAAAAUAUGCUACUAUACUACGCCAUUUGAGAAAAGUGGUGAAACUGCUAUACUACAUGCUAGAUACCAAUAUCCAUCUUUUCCCCAAUAUAGUGACAGGUUGAAAAAUUUGAUACGUUUAAUGUUGAUGGAAGCUCCAUCUCAGAGGCCAAACAUUUGUCAAGUUUUAGAGGAAGUUUCCAGACUACAGAAUAGGUCUUGCCCGAUCAGAAAUUUCUAUUUGUUAAGAGCUAUGAAUCAAAAUGCACAUUUGGCGUCUGAAUCAACUUCUAUGGCAUUUAUACCAGCACAGCAACAUAUCUCUCAGCAUAGUUUUCAAAAUAUUAAGGGAAUGACUAAUAUUGUCCCUUUAACUAAUAUCAAGACUGCCCCGAAUUUAGACUCGGUAUCAAAAUUCAUGAAUAACAACGACAGAAUAGAGCCUAUGUCACAACUUCACACUCAAAAACUCCAAACUGAUCCGAAUAUUUUAAAUCCGUUAACGAAAACCAAAUCCGUUCCACUCUCUGAUGAUUUUACAUCGCUAUACUACAAAGAAUUGCAUCCUUUUCAAAAGUCACACACUUUCAAAUCAGUAGAGAGCUUCCAAUCCCCACAAAGAAAAUACAUUCCAUCAUCUCCACCCCCAAUCAAUAGCAACAAUUAUGAUAGAGUUUCUACAAUAAAUCGUCCAAAUAACUAUGUCGACUCAGAGACGCAAACUUUAGAUAGUAUGGCUACUCCCAACUUGAAACCAUCCCCUAUUACUACUAAUAAAACAACAAGCUUCUCGAAAGAGUCUACUGUUGCAGAAAAUGUAACUGGAGGAAGUAUUGUACGUUCGCUAAGUUCUAAACUAAAAAGAGUUAUCACAGGAGAAUCCCGCAGUAGCUCUCCGACCAAAUCGAGGCAGAAUACUGGCGACAGUAUUAGAUCGGCAUUUGGCAUACUUCGUCAUGGCUUUACUGGAAGUUCAAUAAAUAACAAUAGGUCAACCUCCUUUGACAAUAAUAACGGCAACAACAACGGCAAUAGUGUGAGUAGACGACUAACUUCGUCGUCGUCAAAUCCGCCCUCUUCCAAUUUUAGCUCAGACACUAAAAGACAAGAGGAGUUGGAUAAGAAACGGAAGUUGGAACAUCGUCGCAGCAUGCCGCCUUCGAUAUUAUCAGAUUUUGAUCAACACGAAAGAAAUAACUCAAGAACCGGAUCAAGAGAUUAUUACAGAUCCCAUUCCCCAGUGAAAAAAUCACAAACGAUGCCUACCACAACAGCGAGACCCACUCUAAAAUCGAGUAAUAGCGAUAUUAACGUAAACCAAGAUAAAAAGGAAUCAAUUCAAAGAAGAGUUCAUAACUUACUAAAUAAUUCUGAAGAUUCCUUGGGGUAUAAGUCUGCCUCAGGGUAUGGUAAAUAUACAGAUACCGAGGCAGAAAAGUCUAAUCGACAGUCCAGCGUAAGAAUAACACCAAUCAGUGAGGAAAGAUUUAAUAACUAUCAUACUAGUAAUGCAAUGAGCGAUCAUACUAGUAGCAAUGACAAGCCUAAAUCAAGACCACCACGCCCGCCACCAAAACCGUUGCAUUUAAGAACAAAAAUUCCUAAUACAAGAUGUUCCAGUCAUUUGCAAUCAAGGAGACCCCCAGAGGAAAGAAUUUCUAGUGAAGCCACCGAAACGAUUGUUGAUGUUAAUGUGGACGACUUGGAAGCUGAUUUCAGAAAGCGGUUUCCCAGCAAAGUGUAA